AAGCGACGGGCAAUUGUAAUUCUGGCCUCAGCUGUUAAACCUAGCUUCUAGGCGCGAGGUUCAUAAGUUAUAUUAAGAGAGAACUUAAAGAAACGUACAUCUACCUGUAAUAUGUCAUACAAUGCAGUAUGAAUUCCUUGAUCAAGAGAGUUAUGCUCACAGUGUGAUCUUAGACAUGUGUAAAAAAGAUCUGUCUAUGCAAGCAAUGGGAUAUGGAGGUCAACCAAUGGCAGGACAUCCAGUUGGUCAGGGAUACUGGGGUGGCCAGGGACAGCCUACUGCUGUCAACCCUGAGGUAGAGCAGUGGUUCAAAGCUGUCGACACAGAUAACUCUGGCAAGAUAACCAGCAAGGAGCUGCAGUCAGCACUUGUCAAUGGGCAAGGCAAGCACUUCAGUGAUACAGUGUGUGAGCUGAUGAUUGGCAUGUUUCACACUGAUAAGACUGGUACAAUUGGCAUCAAUGAAUUUUCUUUGUUGUAUAAUUACAUUAACCAGUGGCUAGCAACAUUCCGAGCCUUUGAUCAAGAUAGCUCUGGCUCUAUUGAAGAAUCUGAACUGUCUCAAGCGUUCCAGCAAAUGGGAUUUCAUUUCUCACCGGAGUUUGUUAACUUUGUCAUCAAACGAAGCGAUUUAGAAAAUCAGAAAAAAAUUACUGUUGACCAGUUUAUUAGCAUAUGUGUGCAGAUUCAACGGUUUACUGAGGCAUUUCGAACCCGUGACAAGGAAUUGACAGGGGUCAUCACAAUAGGAUUUGAGGAUUUCUUGUCGGUGGCAUUAAGUUGCUCAGUGUAAUUUAUAAGCUUGGCUUCUAAAAUAUACUUACUGUUCAAGAAAUGUUAUCACAUGAUUUUUACUAAGUGAUUUAUUAUUACUUGUGUAUUUUUUUUAGAUUUAUUUUCUUUAUCUAUAAUUUUGCAAAUAUAUUAUAAGUUUACAAAUUGUUCUAACUUGUUUGCAUAGCUCAGGGAAAAUUCCACAUUAAUUACUUUAACAGUUUAUUUGUGAGCUGCAGUCAUAUGCAUACAAUGAGCAUAGCAAUGUGCAUAGCUAUAAACAACUUGGAGAAGAAAUUUUGUAUAACAGAAUUCCUAUAACACUUAUUUAUUUUAAAUUCUGUUCUUUGUUAACAUUGUAUAUUAGUAUGUAACAUGUUGGCCUUAUACUUGGAAUAUUUCAAUAUUUUACAUCUGGAAUAUUGAGUUUAUACUAAAAGUUAUAAUAUUUUUUUUUGUUAAAGUGCAUGUGUAGGUGUACAAAGCUGCAAUACCUAGGACACCCAAAUACGGUUAAAUGAGUGACUUUCUGAACAAUAUAUUUACUAUUCUUUAA